GGAUUAAACCAUUUGGAUUUUUAAGUUUACUAUAUCUGGUUGUUUACUUGCAACGAAUGUUUGUUUUGAAACCGAUGUACGUUUGGGACAAGCGUAGUAUCAAGCGUCUCAAUAAGUAAAAAAAAGUCGAGAACUUGUCUGCGCAUCCGCUACGUUUAAUACCUUUGCUUCCGAGUGGAUAAAACCACUACUUUUGCGCGCUGACGAUUCAGUGUUCAGCUUUACACUCAAUUGGCAACAAGUGAAACAUUUUGCUAUUAAAAUUCUCUCAUCUUUCAAUUUAAAGGUAAAACAUCUUGAAUUAAAAGGGAAAAAAGUGCAAAAACAAACAAUUUGGCAGCAGACAUAAUUUCGACUUUGAAGUUCCAAAUGGAGUUGCAUUUCUUAAUAUUUUAGAUGUUCAUUAAAGUAGAUUUAAUAGUGGUAAAAAGAUGAACGGUGACGUUACAUGCGGUGCAUAGUAAGUCACAUAAUCAUUUGAAUUUUAAGCUCCAUUUCCAUUCUGAAAUUGUUGUUUAGUUAAUCGGUUGAGUUCUUUAGAAAACGGAGCAUUAUACAAAUAUAUAUUGUGUGUUUUGUUUUGCGUUACACUGUCGUUAAACGGCAAGAAAAGGCCGUAAACAACUACACCAAAAUAAUAUUUUCAAUAACGAAGGAAAAUACAAUAACUGCGAACGUGUCAUUACCGACGCUUGAAAAGCAUUAGAGAGGUUUGCCCUUCCUUUCCUUCAUCGAAAGGCAGGAAAGUCGUUGAACCACAUCCUGUCACAUUAGUCAACCGCUAAUAAUGAGAGUGCUGUCAUUACAACAGGCAUCAGUCUACCUGGCAUAGUCCAAUAAGGGUUUGUCAGUUAAGUGUUUUGCACACCAUUUUUAAGAGUAAUCUAAUUGAUUGGGAAAAAUCAACCGACACGCUCCUGGCAAUCCAUCGGUGAAAGGUCUCAAAUAAAGCGAUUCUACUUAUUUGCUCCUAUCAACACUAAAACUUGUAUCCGAUCUCCCUCUCCCUCCUGUUGUGCAUGACGGAGUUUUCCUCGUUUCUUUGCAUCCAUGUAAGUGCUGUUUCAUGUUUGUCUCUGCAACAAAAACGAAAAGAGUAAGACUUUCAUUUUCAAAAAUAACACCAAUUGCACUUUUUAAAAAUCUUUUACGGAAGCCAACUCCACAAAUGAAAUAGUUUCAAAGUGAAAAUAAACUUUACUGGUCUUAAUCUAGAAAAUGGAUACGAAACUAGAGGUGGGGUGCGAAUUCAACAAUUGUACAUCAGUUUCUUCACCGGGAGCCAACAUCGCGUCUCCAAUAACCUCGUCGCUGUUUGGUAUUCUAGGUAAUGCAAUAGCCCUAGUUACCGUACACCGAAUGAAGCUGGAAAGACACAGAACGGUAUUUUUCGUGUUCAUCGCGGGAUUGGCUUUCGCCGAUCUUGUCGGCAUAGUUCUCACCACUUUUCCCGUCUUGCUCGUCUACAGCCAUGGAUACUACUUCGGCGGACCGAUGAUGUGCAACUACCAUGCAUUCACGAUGGUGACAUUUGGACUCUUAACUCCAAUGAUUGCUUGCGCUAUGGCCAUGGAACGAUAUUUCGGAAUACGACACGGAUAUUUCUACAUGCUCCAUUUUAGUCCGCAACGAGCUAGAAUGGCUUUACUGAGUUUAUGGCUGGUGGCCAUCAUCUUUUCGUCUCUUCCCAUGUUUGGAUUCGGACAGUACGCUAUUCAAUAUCCGGGAACUUGGUGCUUCCUCAACCUGCAUCCGGAGACGACAAUCGAUGCAACCUAUUCGAUUACAUUCGCUGUCCUCAACUUACUUCUUAUUGGCAUUAUGAUUAUAUGCAACAUUGGGGUGCAGUGCACUUUGGUCGCAUUGCGUUGCCAACGGAGCUCAGCGGACCGGGCGGAUCGUUUCCGGCGGACCCACCACAGCCCCCAGCAGGAGGAAUUGGAAGUGCAGAUGAUGUUUGUCCUCCUAGCCAUCACUUUCGUUUUUACUUUAUGCUGGACGCCGUUACAAUUUCAGAUAUUAAAAAAUCAAUUCUAUGAACACAAAACAGCUCUUGAUCACGCCGGUGAUUUACUGGCUAUUCGUUUGGCUUCCAUUAACCAGAUAAUAGACCCUUGGGUGUACAUUCUCUGCAAGAAGUUAUGUUUUCGUAGGGGCUGCACGUGCUGGAGGUACGUUGUUCAGAAGACUAACUGGGGUUCAAUCAAACGCAGCCUGAGUCAAAAAGAGUUUAUUGGCACUUCAUCGCUACGUUCGGCCUUGGUUCACUUGCGAGCUCAACAACAGCCGACAAGGUCAGCAUCAGCAAGUCGCCCGUGUUCUCGAUGCCGACAAAAAAGAGUAGAUGUCGAUUUGGAGGUAGACGCAGCGGAAACCAUUACCCUCGACGAAGCUAAUCAUUUUUCGUCAAGUUUGAGCAAUGCGGCAAUUUGUUACGACUCGACCAGUAAAAGCACUUCAUUGCCUAUCAACGCUAGCCCCGCUCCUACCGCAAUCCUAAUAGGUGGAGGUUCGGAUGGAGGCACAGAAAGCUCCGCUAGUCACGAAAUUCCUAUUCCAAUUUUCACAUCUUCCCAAUACUCGAUCCAACGACGAAGGACUCGCUCUACACCGCGUUCCAGCAGAAAAGAAGAGCGCCGAAAUCCGAUUGUGAAUCACACGGAUACUACUGCAGAAAAUAAAAACAGGUCGGCGGCGAGGGUGUUUUCCAUUGACUGUGAAGAGAAAAUCCCGGCUAUCGGUCGACGCCGUCACUCUUGGUGCUGUUCAAAUGGACCAUUUUCUACGGUGGGUAAAAGGUACGUAACUCAAAGUACGCAAACCAUCGACGAAACACAAACAAAUACUCCACUAUAGACGUAAAAACUGAUUAAAUGAUACAUGAAAUAGUCUUGAACGAUUUGCCACGAUAGACGUCGAAUUUCAAUGUACCAACAAAUUAAUGUUCUCCAAUACAUUGUCGUUAUUUGGCGUA